AUGGCCGAAAGAAUCCUGAUGAACGAGUUCAAGGAACUCUCGAAGGAGCCCUGGGUCAACAUUGACUUACUCAACGACAAUUUCUUUAACUGGGAGAUUGGGCUUAUCGUGCUGAACCCGGACUCCCUAUUCUACGGCGGCUACUUCAAAGCGUCCAUGAAGUUCCCUUCGAAUUACCCUUACUCGCCACCAGAAUUCCGUUUCAAGCGCCCCCUUUACCACCCGAACAUCUACACCGACGGCAAGCUCUGCAUCUCCAUUCUCCAUUCUCCCGGCGAGGACGAAAUGUCUGGGGAGCUCGCCUCCGAGCGCUGGUCGCCGGCCCAACGCGUCGAGUCCGUUCUCAUUUCGAUUCUCUCUCUACUUGAUGAUGCCGAAGUAUCUUCGCCUGCAAACGUCGAUGCCAGUGUUCUCCUGCGCAAGAACCCCGAGUCCUACAAAGAGAUGGUGCGAAAGUGUGUGGAGGAGUCCAAGAAGGAUAUCCCUGAAGGAUUUGAGAUGCCGACCCACGAGAGUACGACCAAGGCUGCCUCAAAGCAGACAAAGGACGACGAGUCAGAUUUUUGGGCCGAGAGCGAUGUUGACAGUGAUAUGUUCGGUGGAAGUGGGAGUGACCAGGAAGAGGUCGACUCGGAUGCGUUCGACGACUCGAUGAGCGACGAGGAGUAA